AUAGACCUCAUUAUAGUCAACAAGAUUUCAAACAAUAUGCUUGGUUGUGCAGGAAAAAGAAGCAAUUGAUCCAGGAAACCUUUUGCCAAAGUCUUCAGUGUGCAGUAAAUCCACAGAAAUAAAUUACCAGGAGAAAGCGCCCUAUGAUAUGUCACGCUAUGUCGAAAAGGCGACUGAGAAGACAGUACGUGGAAAUUAUGACCCCAGUAAAUACCAGUUGCCGGAUAAGCCAGUGCAUCAGAAAAUGAGGGGAAAAGAACGUGAUUUUAGGUUGCUGCACUCUCUUGAGACGGCAGCACCAGCCAUCCAAGAUAGAAUGCUACUUCUGAAGGAAAUCCAGUCAGAGUUGGCUGACUGGAGGCAAACGACUGACAAUCGCCUGGUGCGUAGUGAUGAUGUUGUGCCUGAUCCCCUUCACCAAAAUGUAUCGGUGAAUGUUCCAGAGGGCACUUCAAAUGCCACAAAAAAAAUUGAGCAAAAAACUAAUGACAACACUAAUACUCUACCUCAACAGGAAUUUGGUCUUCCAGCUGCUACUUCGGAGGUGAACGACGACGACAACGUAUCGCAGCAGCAAGAAAGUUCGAUUGCUGUACCUGUUCCAGAGAUUGGCGGCAGACCAAGAGAUAAGCCUUCACGUGAGGCAACCCAACAGACUGAACCUGUCGCCGUCUCUUCAGAGAGGUGUAGAUGCAAGACCCAAACGUUACUGGAAACGCACCUGGAUCCGAGCCUGCUCGUGUUAAACGUCCCCUGCUUGUCGAACUCUCCUCGAGAAAUGGCCGAGGAACUCCUGGAAAGCUCCAGGAAACUCAUCGAGCAGGUCGACGAACAACUGUCCGAAGUGAAUAAAACCGAGAGCCUGGUCAGACUACUCCAGGUGUCUCCCUACACUUCAGAAACGGAAUUUGCGAACAGUGAUGACAGUCAGCUGUAUGUGAAAAACUUGGUAAACAAAAAAUUGCAAGAACUGCUAAUGAGUCCAAAGCCACAAGAGUCCAUGAUGACUGAUCAUCGUAGUAUAUAUCCUGGGCAGAAAAAUUAUUUGCUAGAGAAUAUAAAAAAUGUCAGUGACAUACCAAUGAGGAAUGCUUCCAAAAUUCGACAUAGUCAUAAUGAGAUUCACAUCCAGAAAAGAGCAGUACAUUCUGAAGAAAUCGUUAAGAGCGUAAAGCACGAAAACAGCAGAACCAACUUAUCUAAACUAUCAGGCGACCACAAGCUCAGAACUAACAAAUAUUCAUUUACAAAAAGCAACCAGACCAAUGCUGGUGUGAAAAAAGCGCCUAAAGUGUCUAGUUUUGUGUCUGAAAAUGUCUCUUCGCGCAAGGAACAAACGCAGAGCGCAUAUGAAAACAAAAUAGCUAAGAAUGCAAAUUUUCUGAAAAGAAAUCUUGGAAACGCGAGCACGACCUUGUUUGAGAAAACUGCCGAGGCUCACUCCAGCGAAGUGGUCAGAAACAGCAGACUGAGAUCAGUUUGCAAAACUACUUCUGCGAAGAAAUGCCCUUGUCGUGUUUGUACCUAUGAAAUGCAACACGAAGAAACUUCAUCGCGUAAAAACCACCCAGAUGUGGUCAAGAAAAAGGACUGUGAAAACGAAAGCAUAAGGGCAACUUUUAAGAUAUGUUCCUCCAGAAACUACUCUCCAAAAAGUACGGGCAGUCCCUAUGCUGAAUUCCUUCCCGGGAAUAAAAAUGCAAAGUAUCUGGCGAGACAACCGCCGGUUCAUUUUCAGCCUCAGCUCAAGCACGUUAAAGCUGGUGACGACACUGCCCGGUCGAGGAAAUUUCAAGAAGAGGCGAAGAACGCGAAACAAGCGAGCGAAGCAGGAGGUGGGAAAUCGUCCAAAACUCGAGACGAGAAGGAGGAAAUCUGGGCAGACAUACUGAACACCGGAGGACCUUCGUCCUCCGUGAUGCAAAGCGUGCUCUCGUUCUUCGCCGACAAGACGAGCUCCCGUCGUUCGGAGAGCCGGCCUUCCUGUCCCAUGCACGGCGCGGGGACUCUUCGAGGACAGUCGGUCUCCAAGGUCGGCGACACCUCCUGCAGUGCUCAGAAAGGAGUCACGUUCCAGGAGCCGGGGGACGACGCGGAAGAGAGCUCCUGCUCCAGGUCUCGGCACAGAGGUGCCGCUGGAAGUUUGUCUUCGACCACGGAAAGUAGCGAUCCCGAGGAUUUCGACAAAGACGUUUACCUGCGGGGCGAGCGCACGGCCACCGGUCAACCGGAGGAGGUUGCGACCGAUUCGGAAAACAGCGGACGGUCGGACCCGCGGGAAGAAGUCCGAGAGGUGAAGGCGGCCCAGCCGAUUGUUUCCGAACUGCCGGAGCGCAAUGCAUCCGAGCGGAUGGGAUCGGUGGUAAAGUCGGUAGCAGAUGGAGAACGCAAGACGUCCAAGAAGAUGGGGGCGGCGGAGAAGUCGGUAGCAGACAGGGAACGCAAGAGUUCCGAGCGGAUGGGGUCGGCGGUGAAGUCUGUAGCAGACAGAGAGCACAUCAAGACGUCUGAGCAGACGGAGUCGGCAUUGAAGUCAGUAGCAGACAGAGAGCGCAGGACGUCCGAGCAGAUCGGGUCGGUGGUAAAGUCGGUAAUAGACAGAGAACACAAGACGUACAAGCAGAUGGGGUCAGUGGUAAAGUCGGUAGCAGAUGGGGAACGCGAGACAUCCAAGAAUAUGGGGGCGGCGGAGAUGUCGGUAGCAGACAGGAAACGCAAGAGUUCCGAGCGGAUGGGGUCGGCAGUGAAGUCUGUAGCAGACAGAGAGCACAAGAGUUCUGAGCGGAUGGAGGCGGUAGCAGACAGAGAGCACAAGACGUCCGCACGGAUGGGGUCGGCAGUGAAGUCUGUAGCAGACAGAGAGCGGAUGGAUUCGGUAGCAGACAGAGAGCACAAGACGUCCGCACAAAUGGGGUCGGCAGUGAAGUCGGUAGCAGACAGAGAGCGCAAGAGUUCUGAGAGGAUGGAGUCGGUAGCAGACAGAGAGCACAAGACGUCCGCACGGAUGGGGUCGGCAGUGAAGUCGGUAGCAGACAGAGAGCGCAAGAGUUCCGAGCAGAUGGGGUCGGCGGUGAAGUCUGUAGCAGACAGAGAACGCAAUAGUGAGAGACCAUCGGUGCACGAACUCGAACCAGAAGAGCGACCAGAAGUAUCUUCACCGGAAGUUGCUGUAUUGCAACCUGUUUCUCAGCCUCAGUCGAACACUCUUCAAGCGAGCCCGAUAGAAGAAACGGCGGAGUUCCUGGAAGUGGAAGAUACAGACGGCGCGAGCGUGCCUGUUGAUGCGUUUCUAGAAGAUAGUGUACCGUCUCCAACACAUCUGCAGCAAGCUGCUGAACCGGUGCAGAUUCAUCCUCGCGAGAUGCAGGUGGAUUGGGAAAACGCGAGUGAGGAUGAAGAAGCGGAAGAGACAGAGUACGAUGAUGACUGGGAAGAAGAACCAGAAGAGGAGCAGAUGAACUACGAAUCUGGCCACGAAACGAACAGAAGUUCCGAUGCCCCAGCCUCUGGCAGACGUUCCAGUAGUGAGCACAGCAUGCUUGGCACACCGGCCCUGGAGCCAAAAUCUGGAACCACCUCGGAAUCAGGAAGUUUCCGUUCAGAACAUUGCUACACUGACAAAGGCUCAGGCCCGUCUUCUUCUCAACAAGUGGCUGCUUCUGAGGCAGAAAGAACGCAGUUCAAAACUUCUGCUUUGGCAGAAGGUGUCACAUCUAAAGGCAGCGACGCAGCAGCAACACAACAAGAGAAAUGCCAAGAAACUCAUGGCAAAGAAAAUCCUACUUCAGCAAUUUGUGCGCCCUCUUCCUCUACAGUAUUCGAAACUUCAAAUCUCCUACCUCUUUCAGCUCCUCAUAUCUCAUUGUCUGUCAAAGCUCUCAAUUCCGAUGUGCCGGACAUCAGUGGGAAGAGAAAGCCGCACAAACCAGGAGACAUCUCUCAACUGAUUCCUCAUUUGACAACUUCUACUAAGGCAAAUGACUCUCAAAAAUUGCACAAUUCAGUUUCACAGCCUGACACUUCCUCAAAUGAAGCUAUUUUUCCCGAAUCAGCAGCAGAAAUCAGGCAAGCAAUGAUGAAACAUCUUUAUCAAAGUAACGUCCCAGGGCCCAGCACUGCCGAAUCUCUACCUCCUCCAGUAUUGAAUCCCAGCGUUCAUGCGCCAAACAUGACUUCGUUCUUCCCAGUGCACGCGCAGAUUCCACCAGCUGCAUUAUUCAUGCCUUUCCCUCAAAUUCCAUACUUCUUGACUCCUGCGCCGGUGCAGAAUCAAUACUGUAAUCAGGUCCACUUUCCAGAAAGAACUAAUCAGCAGUCCAGUAAUUUAUUUGAGGGUUCGAAGACAGUUGAUCCAGCUCGUGAAACUUCGCGUGUCACUAGAUCAACCUCUCCUGUACGGUCGGAUCACGAGAGGAUACCACCACACCAGUCGAUGCAUGUCCCGCCUUCGCUUGCUCCCUCUCGGAACAGGUUCUUCGACCAACCUUCGGAAACCGUGUGCUCGGCAGGAGAGAAUCCAUCGCUGGCGGCCCAUAAACAAACUCCCACGUUACCACCGACCAACAAUUCCACGUGUGCUUCAGGAAAAGCGGGGAGUGGCGAUGGGUCAAGCGACAGCUCUUUGAGCAGCAGAAAUGACAACGUGGCACGGUCGGCAAACAAAGGUAUCCAGGCAAACUUCACGAGUCGUCAAGUCAAAGGAGUCCAAGCCUGCGAUGUUUUUGACGAGGUGAGGACUUUCAAAGAGAAGGUGAGGAGCUAUCCGAGCGCCACCAGCUUCGUGUGGCGACGCAAGGAAGCUCUUCGUCGCCAAGCGGUGCCGAGCCCCAUCGUCGAGGCGGUCAGCGAAAACUCCUCGACCUCCGACGAGAGCGGAUGCACGCGAGACAGCGAACUGCCGCCUUCUGUGCUGCCGAACAUGGCAGGAUCUUCCACGACCACUGACGUCACACCCAGCUGCAGCGACCUGUCGGAAGGAGAGCUGUGCUUGUCGUCGGACAGCACGACGCCGCCUGCGCCCGCCGCCCCGCCACGCAGCCCCGGGGAAGUGAGCCAGUGUGACUGCAGCGAGGGCGAGGUGUGCCCCCACGGACGUCAGCGGUUUCGCUCGCAAAGUGUAGGAGAACUGUUGCCGUGGAGAAGCGUGGGUCAGGUGACUGCACCCGUAUCGCUGGCUUCGUCGGGAUCAGAUUCGACUCAGCGCGGCGAUAUUCCAGAGAUGCAGAGUUCCAACCUCAGCAGCUCAUGCGAUGCUGCAUUAGAUUCAUUCGAGAUGACUCGUGAAUGUUUUUGGUGAUGCUCUUGUAGCACCCUGGAACUCAUUAUGUAUUUUCCCGGUACCAUAUCAGGGCUGUCCGCAUUAUUUUAAGAUAUACAUUUUCAUUGAUAGAGAAAUAUUGCAGUAUAAGUUGUUGAGGAUGUAAUUUAAAAAAACAUUACAUCCUCUCAAUGGGUGCAAUUAAACUAACUCAGUAGUUUGAUCAUAUUGAAACCCAGAAUAUGAGUAGGCCUAGAAGAAAAUAGUCGAAAUAACAGUAAUUACUUAACUACCUCCCUCCACUGACAAUGUGUCUCUAGUCUUUCUUUAAUGACUUCUACUUUUGUACGCAGUCGUCCUUAAUAUGCAUUACUUAUAAAAACACACCUGUUGAGAAUUGUCUGUAGAAAAACGCAUGCACACACACACACACACACAUAUAUACAUAUAGUGUCUGUGUAUGCACGCGUGCACGUGUUUGUCACUUCAAAAUUUUGUAUGAUGUUAUUACAAAGGAAGAACUAAGUGUAAAUAAAAAUAUAUUUCUGUUAAAAUAUUGAAAAACUCUAAUGAUUUCCGAACUAGAUAUGUUGGUAAAACUGCUGGCAUUCGACCAUUGUAUUCCAUCUAAGGCUUAGCCGACUGUUGACUAAGGAGUUACGUACCCAGAAGGCCACAGGAAUGACAGCCCUCCUGUCAACGAAGCAGAAAUCUCAAUGAACUUCAGGAGCUUAGGAUGCAGAUGUUUGGCAAUACAAAGACAAAUUCGCCAAACUGGACAUUGUCAUGUAGUUGGCUGUACUACAGUUCAAUGCUGUACAGAAGGAACAGCGUGGGGAUGAAGAAGUCAUGUGCAUCCACAGGCUCAGACAAGGCACAUCAUCAUGUGUCCAGUCUCAGCUGAGUGUUCUGGUCAUAUCCUCUAUAUCAGCAGCUGCUACUUGCUUGAAAUGUAUAGGUGCCUAUUGUUGUCAUACUUUUCUCUCCAAUCGUAGUCUGUUUCCUGAACCUCCGAUCAGGUUACUGGCCCCGAAUGGCUGAGUUCACCCCUGCUCGUCGAGAGAGGGGAAAAAUACCGUCUUUGUUAGGAAGUCUUCGCUCCCCGCCGAUCAGAGGCGGAUAUGCACGCGAACUCGGGAAUUAUAGUAUGUAUACACAACAGUGCUAAGUAGGACAAAUGUACUCGCGGAGUCAUGAACAGCCGUCGGUAGAGGCUGAGGUGCCACACCAGAAGGACAUCACCACCAUUAUGCUAACUGAGGCUCUCUGGCGCCCGGCAAACCCA